UGAACCCUAAUCGUUCAAAAGGAAAGAAAAAUCAAUGGUUUACGAAUAAGGCAUCAGCACUUUUUUUUCGACGUAGAGUACACAUAACUUGGAUACUAUUGUAUUUGGGGUGUGAUAUAAAAUUACAUUUAAGUACCAAGCGUAGAUGGCUUUACAAAAUAAAAAAUGCUACCGCUGUAAAAUCUGUGUAUAAAAUAUAUUUUUGCAAAGGUUUUUUUUUUUUUUUUUUUUUUUUUUUAAACACCAAAUUACAUUGUACUUUGUGACGAUCCCCUAAUUUAAGCAAACAGGAAAUGUUUGUAAAGGUUAUUCGUACAACAAACCAAUCAUGCUGCAAUGGUUCUUGGAUUGGUUAGGGACACUGCCGUGGUUUUGUUGAUUGGAGGAGAAAUCUAUGCUUCCUGUGUGUGAUGAAUCUGUCUGAAUAGGUUCACGGAAACAUGGCAGCUUCCAACUGGAAAACAUUAGAAGUCUGUAAACACCACGAGCAAAAAGAUGUUUGUUUCACCAGAGCUAAAUACAGGGAAGGAAGAAGGCCCAAAGCUGUUAGGGUUUAUACCAUCAACCUGGAGUCCCGUUACCUGUUGAUUCAGGGUGUGCCAGCAGUGGGCGUCAUGAAAGAAUUGGUUCAACUUUUUGCAAUAUACGGAGCUGUUGAAGAAUACCGUGUACUAGAUGAUUAUCCUGCAGAACAGUUCACAGAAGUGUACCUCAUUAAAUUCCAGAAGCUACAGAGUGCAAGAACUGCCAAACGGAAACUGGAUGAAAGGAGCUUCUUUGGUGGAUUGCUUCACGUGUGCUAUGCUCCAGAAUUUGAAACCGUGCAGGACACUAGAGAAAAAUUACAAGACAGAAGAAAGUUCAUAGCAAGAACAACAAACAGAGAUAAGAACUUGGCUAGAACACAGCAGAAACACGAGGAACCUGGUACAUCAAAGGAAGUUAUUAAAAAUCUGCAGCAAGAGCCCACAGAAAUCGAGACAAGUAAGGUCUGUGAGGACUGGAAUACCUAUUAUGGUUACCCAAUGUUGCCUCCCCCACCUCAGGAAGAUCUACAGAGGUUUACCUCUGUGUCGGGAAAGAAUUACUUCGAGCCUACUAUACGUGACCCAUUAUUCAAGGACUUUAAUACCAGUUCCACAGGACAUGUAGCUAAUACUGGUAAACAUUGUGGAACAGAAUGCCCCCCUCCCAGUGAUGUGAGGAAAUAUCAUGGGCCAAAGGAAGCAUCUUUCACGAUGAGUAACGCUUCUGUUGCCAGAUUUAUCCCAAGGACUACGCAUUUGCAGGACAGGAGAAGAAGAAAGGAACAAGUAGCUGUAGACUCACUGAUUGGAAUUGACACAAAUGAUGCAGAAGUAUUUGUAGGUCCAAAAUUACCAGAAGAACCCAAGGUGGAUAUGGGGGAUGAUUCACUAAACGUGUCAGCCGAUUUCAUUAGAAACAGAUUAAUCAAGGUUUCUUCAGUCCCUGCAUUAAAACCAGAGACAAAGCAGACAACUGAAGAAAAACCUCCACCAAAGCAGCGCAGGAGGAUCUAACCAUGU